AUGCCAGCUGAUGGAAAAGCAGGAAAUUCUGGUGAUAAUGAAAAUGAACUAUUAACAAAAGAGGAUAAAGAAUGUUGGGAUUCAAUUAUAACUGAAUGGAUUAAUAAUGUGGAGCAUGAAAAUCAAUUUAAUAAUACUGAUGAUGCAACUUUGCUUUCUUCAGAAUGGGAUACAGAUUUUGAAUUAGGUGGACGGACCAUUCAUCCUACUGAUGAUGAUACAGCCAAAUGGAUAUUGGAAUCACUUUUUAUUUCUAAUUUAGAAUCACUAACUUACUUAGGUACAGAUGAUAUAUUAACCGAUGUUCAAUAA